AUUUUUCCACCCAAAAUCUCUUCACCUUCUUCCUUCCUUCUACUUUUCUUUCCUACCAAACAUAACUUCCCAAUCCUAAUCGCCCCGCCUCCCAUCAAUGAAUGCUGAAUGAAUGAAUGUGUGUUUAUAUAUAUUAAACAAACAAGUAACCACCGGCCACCCACCCACCCACCCCCAAUAUUUCAUUCAUUCAUAAUGUCGAGCUCCGACUCCGACGGCGUAAGAGAUGGAAAUCGUCUGCCGUGGGUGACCCGUAUGACCGUCUCAUUCCUCUCCUUCGUCACUGACACUUCUCGUCGCUCCAACGGCACCGUCAAUCGCCGCUUCCUCCGCUUCUUCGACAUCCGAUCCCCUCCCACUCCCGAUCCCAAACCCAACGCCACUGGCUCACGAUCCGUCUCCACCUCCGACGUCACCGUCGAUCCCUCUCGCGACCUCUGGUUCCGCCUCUUCAUCCCGGCCACCGCCUCCUCCGCCGCUCCCAAAUCCCUCCCGGUACUCGUCUUCUUCCACGGCGGCGGCUUCGUCUUCCUCAGUCCUGACUGUUUUGCCUACGACGCCGUCUGCCGAAAGAUGGCUCGCAAGAUUCCGGCUGUCGUGGUGUCCGUCAACUAUAGGCUUUCUCCGGAGCACCGCUGUCCCUCCCAAUACGACGACGGAUUCGACGUCCUCAAAUUCCUCGACGUAAAUCACGACGGCGUUCUGCCCAAGGCGGCCGACUUGUCAAGGUGCUUUCUGGCGGGAGACAGCGCCGGCGCCAACCUGGCUCACCACGUGGCGGUGCGGGUGGCGAGGAAGGGCGGCUCGUCGUCGUCGUCAAAUCUGGGCGCCGUUCGGGUGGAGGGGCUCAUAGCGAUACAGCCGUUCUUCGGGGGAGAGGAGAGGACGGAGGCAGAGAUGAGACUCCCGCGGGGCCCGGUGGUGACGGUGGAGAGAACGGACUGGAUGUGGAAGGCGUGCUUGCCGGAGGGGGCGAGUAGGGACCAUCCGUUCUGCAACGUGAGUGGAACCCUGGCGGAGGACAUAUCGGGAUUGGAGGAAUUUCCUGAUCGGACGGUGGUGGUAGUUGGGGGGCUGGACCCACUUCAGGACUGGCAGAGGAAGUACUACGAGUGGUUGAGGCGCUCCGGCAAGGAUGCACGGCUUCUGGAGUAUCCGAGGAUGAUUCACGCUUUCUACAUCUUUCCCGAGUUGCCCGACUCAACUCACCUCCUCACUCAACUCAGGGACUUCAUCUACAAUCCCACCACCAACUCCAACUCCAACUCACCAACAACUCACUGUCAUUGAUCCUUUCUUUCUUUAUUUCUUUCUUUAUUUUCCUUUUUUUGGCGUUUUCUGAUGAGGAAAUGGAAUGGGAAAGAUAGAGAAAGGAACUGCUUUAAUUACUAGUCAAAGACCGCGGCUGUAUUAGUUGUAUUAUUUCCUAAUAUUUCGGUGCGAUUAAUACCUACUUGGCUGACCUUUCCUAUGCAGUGCAAA